AUGCCUCGCCGCGCCGGCUCAGCUCGGGCGGCAGUCCGGUUCACCCCAAUAGGAUUGCCCGCAGCUGCAACGGCGCAUCCCGAGUUCGCCGCAGCAGUCGCCGACGGCGUGCCCUGGGGCUACCCGGUCUCCGCCGCCGGCUCCUCCUCGGCCAUCGUCGCCGCCGGCGCGAGCGGCUCCCACGUGCUGAGGAUCGAGGGCUACUCGCGCACCAAGGCCGCCGUCCCCAACGGCAAGUACGUCGAGUCCAGCCCCUUCCGCGCCGCCGGCCACACCUGGACCAUCAAGUACUACCCCAACGGCAACAACUCGAGGGCCGCCGGCUGCAUAUCGCUCUUCCUCGUCCUCAAGGAUCCCGUCGCCGACCACCUCAUGGUCCAGUUCUGGUUCAGCUUCCUCGACCAGGUGGACCAGCAAACGCCGGCCUACCUCGGCACCAUCCCGCCGAGCAAGUUCAAGGCCGACGACUCCUGGGGCCACAACGACUUCAUCAGGAGCGAGAACCUAGAGCUGUCGGGGUACCUCAAGGACGACAGCUUCACCGUCAGGUGCGACAUGAUCGUCGCCGGCGAGAUCCGCACCGAGGGUACCGGCCCCUCCGUCGUGGUGCCGCCAUCCGACUGCCUGCAGCACCUCGGUGCUCUCCUCCUGAGCGGGCAGGGCGCUGACGUGCAGUUCCUUGUCGGCGGCAAGACGUUCUCGGCGCACCGCUGUGUGCUCGCGGCGCGGUCGCGCGUCUUCAACGCGCAGCUCUUCGGCGCCAUGAGAGAGGGCACUGCCUGGGAGGACUCGGUUAUUCAGAUCGAUGACAUGGCACCUCAGGUGUUCGAGAAUUUGCUCCAUUUCGUCUACACCGACUCGCUCCUGGAGAUGGAGGGGCUAGGUGAGGCCGCAGCCGCCGCGGCGAUGGCGCAGCAUUUGCUCGAAGCUGCGGACAGGUACGACAUGCAGAGGCUCAAGCUGGUGUGCGAGGACAGGCUGUGCCGGCACAUUGACGUGAGCACGGUGGCGACCACGCUGGCGUUGGCGGAGCAGCACCACUGCCAAGGGCUGAAGGAGUCGUGCUACGAGUUCCUCAGGUCUUCGAAGACGCUGAAUGAGGUCAUGGAGACCGAUGGCUUCCAGCAUCUGGUGGAAAGCUGCCCUUCUGCUUUGCUUGAGCUGAUGUCCAAGCUUGCUGAGCGUUGAUAUAUAUACCAUGAUGAAGAGCAAAUGGAAGCCAUGAUCUAUCACGGGUCUGCGUAGACCCAGGAUUUUUACAAUUAUUGCCAGUGUCCGGAGAGAUCACUUGUGAGUGGUUUGCUAUCUCAUACCCUGUUCUAGUGUAGUUGUAUGUGUGUGCACUGUGUAGUCAUGCACAAAAUGCUGUGCAGGUCAUCGUGUCAUUUGCGGAUCCCUUUUAAACUCUGAUGCAUGCAGGAACAGAAAUGCUGUUGUGAUCAGCAUUCAGCUC